CUACCUUCUUUUUUUUCUUCGGUGGAGGCCAUGAUGGGAGUUUGAGAGUUCAGCUGGAGCGGGAGGAGCAAAAGAAAGAAGAUGAUUCCCUGGGACGGAACUGUCAAACCAAUCUGUGCAGAUUUCUGAUUUUUGUAUAGUCUAUAUACAUUUAAGGUGGAGCCUGUCACUUUUUUCAGAUGUGUUCUUGGCCGUCAGUCGAUGACAAUGUUGAAUCGGUAGGAAGCUUUUGGAUCGAAAAAGGAGGCAGCAUUAGCUAUUGUUGCUAGUUAGCUGCGCUAGCUAGCUACUUAGCUAGCAAGCUAGCUUCGUCUGAGUGAUUGGAUACGGGGUUCAGGAACCGGUGUGUUCUCUGUCCUCUCGCCUUCAGUCGUGGAGGCUGCGAUUGCGCUAUCGGAUUUGACUGCAUCAGACAUCCAAAGGUUUAUCUGAGGACAGCUGCAUGUAUUUUAUUCGGGGGUGUUUGCAAGACGAAUUGCAGGAUUGGAAGAGUCGGGCCUGCACGGAGGAGCAGAGCAAGGCCCGUCUUUAUGAUCCAGAGGAAGCUUUUCUAAUCUAACCGACAGCCACUGCUAGCUCUGCGGGCUAGCACGUCUCUGCGAAGACCUGCAAAAUUCAGAGCAGACCCACUGACUGCGACAUAGUGUUACACGGCCAGACAGCCGAUACUAGAAAAACCUGUUUCCAUCAUUUGCCCCAUAUAGACUCCUGUCACCUGCUACAAUGGCUGCGAUUAUAAAAGAAAUGGUCAGCCGAAACAAAAGGAGAUAUCAAGAGGAUGGGUUCGACCUAGACUUAACAUAUAUCUAUCCAAACAUAAUUGCUAUGGGAUUUCCAGCAGAGAGACUCGAAGGCGUGUACAGAAACAAUAUAGACGAUGUAGUACGGUUUUUGGAUUCAAAGCAUAAAAACCAUUACAAAAUCUACAACCUCUGUGCGGAAAGACACUACGAUGCUGCCAAAUUUAACUGCAGAGUUGCACAGUACCCCUUUGAAGACCACAACCCCCCUCAGCUGGAGCUAAUUAAACCGUUUUGUGAAGACCUGGACAAGUGGCUCAGCGAGGAUGACAAUCACGUGGCGGCAAUCCACUGUAAGGCUGGAAAGGGCCGCACUGGAGUCAUGAUCUGUGCGUAUCUCCUCCAUCGACGCAAAUUCCACGAGGCCCAGGAAGCGCUCGACUUUUAUGGUGAAGUCAGGACAAGGGACAAAAAGGGAGUAACGAUCCCGAGCCAGCGCCGCUACGUCUACUACUACAGCUACCUACUCAAGAACCAGCUAGAGUACAAGCCGGUGGCGCUCCUCUUCCACAAAAUGGUGUUCGAGACUCUCCCCAUGUUCAGCGGGGGCACCUGCAGGGACAGUACCGUUAAAAACAGGAGCGAGCCGACCCCUCAGGGCUUCAAGAAAGGGAAUUGGCAUUGGGAUCCCCAGUUCGUGGUGUACCAGCUGAAAGUGAAGAUUCACACGUCGAACCCUACUCACACACGACGUGAGGACAAGCACAUGCUUUUCGAAUUCCCCCAGCCGCUACCGGUUUGUGGAGACAUCAAAGUGGAGUUCUUCCAUAAACAGAAUAAGAUGAUGAAGAAGGACAAAAUGUUUCACUUCUGGGUGAACACCUUCUUCAUCCCUGGACCAGAAGAGAGCGGGGACAAGAUGGAGAACGGGGCAGUGAACAAUGCAGAGAGCCAGCAGGGAGGACCGGGACCUGACCAGGGCCAGCCACACAGUGCCGAGGUCAGGCAAAGCGACAGGGAUUAUCUCAUCCUGACUCUCACUAAGAACGACUUGGACAAGGCCAACAAAGACAAAGCUAACCGCUACUUCUCGCCAAACUUCAAGGUGAAGUUGUAUUUUACAAAAACCGUGGAGGAGCCUUCAAAUUCUGAAGCAAGCACUUCAACAUCUGUCACACCGGACGCUAGCGACAAUGAGCCAGACCAUUAUCGAUACUCUGACACCACUGACUCUGAUCCGGAAAAUGAACCUUUUGAUGAAGAGCUGCACACGCAAAUCACAAAAGUGUGAACUCUUUUUAAACAAGGAAGAAAUUAUACACCAUAAAAAGGAUAAAACUUGAAUAUAAACUCAAAAGAAGAACCUUGGUCUCUUCCCUCCCCCAAACGGCAAUAGAAUAUCAUCAUGUCAAAUGCCAAUUUUAGGGAAAAAAAGAUAAAUGUCCUGACCAAUAUUUCUUUUUCUUUUUUCCUUUGGCACAGCCAUGUACCAUGUGCGAGGUAUUGACCCUGUUGCCCCAUGGGAAAAGGUGCUGUAGCUAUAAAAAUGUGUUUAUAUAUUUAUAUACAUACU